AUGUCUCUAUCUCCAAGACCAGAGAUCAAAUCGGCGUUGUUCCCUCACUUUAACGAUUUUCCCCCGGACAUCCGCCAAAUCGUAUGGGAAUACUGUAUUCCCCCACCAAGGGUGGUUGUUUUAACUCACGAACCUAUCAAGACACUUGUAAAUUCUGUGGACGACAUUUGGGCGUUCAGGUCACAAACUCCAGUUGCUGACAUCUUGUUUGUCAAUCGAGAAUCUUAUAAUAUCGCAACAAGAUUUUAUGAGCGCACCUUUAUGAAUGGGUAUCGCGAAGGCACUCAUACUCUUCCCGAAACUUGGUUUGACUUGAAAAGGGAUAUUCUAUACCUGCCUCAGCAACAUAUAGCCGCUGAGCUCAGCGAUUCUCUCUCUUCCCUUCCAAGGUCAGCUCAUGGCAACCAAGAUACAGGAGGCUUCAAUCGAGUGGAGAACCUUGCAUUACCAAUCAGGUGGUUGCCUAAUUUUGCCCGGAAUUCGGACAACAGCAUGUGUAGACCCUUGACUAGAUUACUAGGCACAUUCGGUGGUGUAAAAAAAGUCUAUUUUAUAGCUGGUCAAGAUCCCCCUCACCCUUGCACAGAGAGCGACGUUGUUUUUCAGGAUGGGUGGUAUCUUCCUUACAGGUGUAUUGAGAUGUUUGAGUUGUCAAAAGCGCGGGAUACACCCCUUCUAGCUCCAGAACCAUUUCCACCUUACUCUGUUGCAAGGCACAUAGCGGAAAGCGAAAGUUUUGUCGUGGAUAGAAAACUACUGGAUAUUGAGAGGGAGAAAUGGAAUGAAGAUGUCGCAAGUCUCUCAAAGGGCUUCACGACUAACAUUACAGAUGAACGAGAUGGAGCUGACAGAAGACAAUGGGAGAUGCCUAGUUUUGAGACUAAAAUAUUGGUCAGUCGGGACUACCAGGAAAAGUUUGAGGCUCAAAAGCUAGAAUAUCUCAACAUGAUUGAGGAAAACGUGAAGAGGCAUAAGAAUCACAAGGAAAAUGAGUGCAAUUGCGGACCUGUUAGCUCCUCAAACAGGAUAUUCCAGGGACAGCGAUAG